CACCAGCCAUGGUCACCUCUAACGACGUGCACCGCUUGUUCAUACAAGCCAUACUUUCGCGUAGAGUACUGUCGCGCACGUUGGCAGUGAAGAUCUGGGGGAAAAGCGUCGACGCGGUCAAGGCCGCGAACGAUGCAUUGGAGAUUCCCUUCUCCGACAACCGGAACGCAUGGGAUGACUUUGUGUCGAAGAUUAAUGACUUGUUGAAUCCGCUGAACUUGGAGUUGGCGCAGAUGUUCGACGAGAUAAGCGGCAAGGAGAUGUGUGUACUCGUGAAUCGCAAAGGAGAUUGGAUUGCUCAAGUGGCCACGGAGUACUCGGCCGUAGAGAUCGCGUACUUCAAGGCGGUUGUAGAGCAAAUCAUGCUAGCUCCAAACGAGUCCUUCUGCGUCUCUUCCAUGUCAGCCCUGCGGGAGGUCACUGCUCUGAAGGCCAACAUGACCAAGUCCCAAGCUGAGGUGGUUCUGAGCAGUUUUGUUGCAAAGGGCUGGCUGGUUAAGAGCAGACGGGGCCGUUAUUCGCUGUCUACUCGGACACUCUUGGAGCUGCAGCCGUACUUACGUUCCACAUACCCGAACGAGAUCAUCGAAUGUACAAUCUGCAUGGAGGCAAGACGCCAGAUGGUGACCCGAGGGGUUGCAUGCUACACCGCGCAAUGCAAAACACGCCUGCACAACCACUGCUUCGAGAAAUACCAACGGCGAUCGCAGAACUGCCCGGCGUGCAAUGAAAACUGGUCGUCGGAUGCGAACAGGAAGAAGCUGCUGCACGUCGGUGAAGGCGCGUUCAAGGAAGGGCAAGAUCAGAUCAAACGACACACGCGAAGAAAGAGCGUUGUCGAGAGCGAUGGUGAAGACGAAGACGAAGAGAUGUAUGCGGAGGCCGACCAGUCUCAGUCCCAGUCGACGCCGUCGCAACCGACCCAGCCCACUCCGACGCAAGCAGAGAGGAGCAGGAAGAAAGCGGUCAACGAGGAGAAAAGGGACGUCCUGGAGGAGAGCGAUAGCCCGCCUCCAAGGAGGCAGAAGCGCAAGGGCCGGCACCACUGA